UGCUGGUGAAUAGAUUUGACUAAUUUACCCCGGCGCGCGUGGUCAAGCCUGUACGCAGGCGUGCGUGCGCGCGUCCGUCGUGUGGGUGGCGCUCGCGCAGUCUGCGGAUGAGACUCUGACCUGAGUCAAACACACGCGGCACAUUCAGUUGCAGUACUGACUUUAAACGGCACUUCAGAAAUCCAGUACAGAAAUAAACAACAACAACUGAUCCGUUCGGCGGACUGAGAGCAAAAGAUAGAGGAAAAUGUAAUGUCUGUGAAGAAGAAACUGUUGAAGAAGAAACCGCUGUUAUACUGGUGAGAAGACGCACACCUUCACGCACAGGUGGUAAGGGCAUCUUCAAGAUGAACAGCAGCUGGAAGACCACCAAGCUGCUGGGAUUGCUGAUGUUAGCCAACAUCCUCAUCUACGUCGUGGUGGAAGUGUCCCGAAGCUACGGGCAGGGCCGAGACAUGUACAGUCGAUGGAAACUGACGCCCAAAAAGUUCUGGAAGAAGCCAGAGGUCAGUCUGGCGUUCUGGAAUCGUAUGCAGGACCGUCUCGAUGACAUCUACUACCUGCCACUUGCAAAUGGCAGCGAGGCCCCUCCGGACUUUCAGGGAAUCCCACGUUGGCUGAAUCGCACGAGUCCCUGCCAGCCGGACAGCAGGGUGACGACAGAGAUCGAAGACUUUAAGUCUCUACCGCAGCGAUUCCAGGACUUCUUGUUGUACAUGGGAUGCAGGUCGUACCCCUUGAUAACGGACGCACCCAACGUGUGUUCUGAACCGCCGUACCUCUUGCUUGCAGUGAAGUCCAUUGCGGCACAUUUCGACCGACGGCAGGCCAUCCGGGAAUCAUGGGGCCGCGCUGGGAUCCUCGACGGCCGGCGCAUUGUGACGGUGUUCCUACUUGGAAGCAUGGCAGCAACGGACCACUUCCCAAACUUGUCGGACAUGGUCAAGCACGAAGCGGCGUUGUACGGCGACGUCCUGCAGUGGGAUUAUCGAGACUCGUUCUUCAAUCUCACCUUAAAGGAAAUCCUCUUUCUGGAGUGGUUUGGAACUCAUUGCGCUUCUGCUAAGUAUGUGUUCAAAGGUGACGACGACGUUUUCGUCAAUACGCAGCAUAUACUGGCUUACCUGGGCAAUGUGUCCAAGACACAGGACCUUUUUGUUGGGGAUGUGAUCGCCAAUGCUGGACCACAGCGGACCAGACACCUCAAGUAUUACAUCCCCGAGAGCGUGUUUCGAGGAGUUUACCCACCGUACGCCGGAGGCGGAGGUUACCUGUAUUCUGGGAAUCUGGGGCUGCGGUUAAGAACGAUCUCGCGUCUGGUCACAUUGUACCCGAUAGACGACGUCUACACUGGGAUGUGUCUGAAGAGACUGGGACUAGUACCGGAGAAACACAUGGGCUUUAAGACCUUUGACAUCGAGGAGAAGCACAGAGAGAAUCCUUGUGCAUACAAAACUCUGAUUCUGGUCCAUCCCAGGAGCCCACAGGACAUGAUAAAGAUCUGGUCUUGGAUUAAUGACCCAAAAGCAAAAUGUUACAUCGCGCCUACAACGAAGGGUGCAAUGCGACGCAACCAAAGCAAAUAGAACCCAAUGACAGUAAAACUGAAGCCCUGUUCUAUUAUUGAUGUACAGCUUACAAAAAUGUGUUCCAAGAACAUUUUGCGAAUGUUCCCAUUAAGUUAUAAAAACUCUAUUUCCGAAUGUUCUGCAUUAGCUGCAGUACGGAAAUAAUGAGAAAAUAAAGUGCAGUAAACUGUAAACGCAAACAGUUUUUAAAAUUAAGAUAAUAUACUAGUUUUAAUAUAAGAUAAUAUAAUAGUUUUUCCAAUUAAGAUAAUACAUUAAAAUAUUAUGGGAAGAAACACCAGUUUGCAAUAUCAACAGCACAACGAGCUGUUUUGUACAGCUAAAAACAACUGGAAGGAAAUGACACCCAUAAAACAA